AGCAGGGAGUUUAGGAGCUCCUUCCCCGACAGACAGGACGUCAGGGACGCGCUGCCUCUCUCCAAAUGGAAAGGUGACAUGACCUCACAGUAGACCCCAGAACUGAGGCCCCAAGAUGACAGAACCCGAGACCCUGGUCCUGCUGGAAGUGAAGGGACCCUCAGCCCUGGAGAAGAGCCCACCCCAGGUCUUGGUCCCCAAUGGCCGGCAGCAAGAAGAGGAAGGGGAAGCUGAGUCCCCCAGGGUGGAGUCUUCGGCAGAGUCUCCCACGGCUGCCGAGGAGGCUGAGGAUGGUCCAAGAAGCACAGUGAGCGAGGCUGCCACCCUGCCCUGGGGGGCUGACCCCCAGCCAAGUGGCCCAUUCCCCGAUCCCCCCGGCUGGCGGGGCAUUAAGCCAGAGCCCCUUGAGUUGGAGCCACCCACCAAGCUUGAGGAGCCACCCGGAGAUGACGACAACCUGCUGCCUGAGAAGGUGGCUCGGGCCUUCGUGCCCAUUGACCUACAGUGUAUUGAGCGGCGGCCCCAGGAGGACCUCAUUGUGUGCUGUGAGGCAGGCGAGGGUGAGCGCCGGGCCUUCCGGCCCCCCCGGGUCAGCCACCCUGAGCCCCCCAAGUGCAAGUGGGCUGAGGCAGCAGUGAGGUCGCCUGGCCACUCCUGCAGGGGCUGCGGGAGCUGUGGGAGCCGAGAGGGGCUGAGGGCCGUGGCCUCGGUGGGGGCCGCCCUCAUCCUCUUCCCCUGCCUACUAUAUGGGGCAUAUGCCUUCCUGCCUUUCGACGCCCCACGGCUGCCCACUAUGAGUUCCCGCCUGAUCUACACGCUGCGCUGCGGGGUCUUUGCCACCUUCCCCAUCGUGCUGGGGCUCCUGGUGUAUGGGCUGAGCCUGCUGUGCUUUUCUGCUCUACGGCCCUUCGGGGAGCCCCGGAGGGAGGUGGAGAUUCAUCGGCAAUAUGUGGCCCAGUCAGUCCAGCUCUUCAUCCUCUACUUCUUCAACCUGGCCGUGCUUUCCACAUACCUGCCCCAGGACACCCUUAAGCUGCUGCCACUGCUCACUGGUCUCUUUGCCAUCUCGCGGCUGAUAUACUGGCUGACCUUCGCCGUGGGACGCUCCUUCCGAGGCUUUGGCUACGGCCUGACGUUCCUGCCCCUGCUGUCCAUGCUGGUGUGGAACCUCUACUACAUGUUCGUGGUGGAGCCCGAGCGCAUGAUCACCGCCGCCGAGAGCCGCCUGGACUACCCGGACCACGCCCACGCCGACUACAGGCCCCGCCCCUGGGGUUGAGCCGCUCCGCCCUCCUGUACCCCAGGCUGGCAGGCUGGGCUCCGGACGCUUCUCUGAACGGGAUGGGGGCCUGAGCUUGCCAACGCCCCGUCCUGGUACCUCGGUGGGAUACCCCGCUACUGUCCCAACAGGGGCCCCACCCAGUCAGUCUGGACUGGCCUUGAUCUCCCCCAGCUGGUGCUGCCCUUCACCUUUGGAGCCCGGAACAGUCACGAGGCAGGGACUGAGUUUUCUUGAAGGGGAAAAAGGGAGACAGGGGGAGAGGCAGGUUUCCUUCCUGAGCAGUCCCCCACCACUGCCAGGCUAGGGCCCAUGGACACCCCACUCUGCUCUCUUCCUGAGCCUCCGGUGAGGCAGGGGGCAGAGCCACAGCCCAAACCCUGACCAUUUCUGUAAGUUGUCUAUGCAGAGGCCUUCAGGGAGACUGGAAUACUUGAAUGUCCUGUUAGACAGGACAUUGAAGUUAGGCAAAAACCUUCCCUAAGGGACCUGGGUUUGGGACCCCCCAUAACUGGUCCUCAUGGGCUGGUUAGCCUCAGACAAGACUAUGCCAGUCACCCCCAGUCCAGCAUUGCCACCUGCUCCCUUCUAACCUAUUUAGGCCCCUGUAAUAAUUUCCCACCUCCUAACUUCCCAGAAGUCACACCUCUCCCAUGAGAAGAGAGGAGCGGACAGGAAAACCUGCCUCACAAGGGCAGAAAAAGUGCCUGUGUGUGAGUGUGUGUGUAAGUGUGUAUGACAGAGAGAGAAUAAAUACUACCACAGUC